UUCUCAUAAGCAAUGCCUUUCAUGUUAAAUUUAGACAAGACGUUCAUCGAAUAUUUUCUGUCACAUGCGAGAUGCAUGGAGAGGUUCUCGCAGCUGCUUGGCACUUGAAUUUUGUACGCAAAUAAAAUGGCAACCUGGCCUGCGCAACUCAAGUGACCUAAAUGUGCAAUGGGACGACGAGGCAAGAAGAAAGGACCCAACAAACCGCCUCCUUCAAAUGCCGGAGCCUGCGACGUCGAAGUUUCGCCUCCGGUUUCCGUCAAAAGCAGGACUCCUACAGCAGCGAAAAUAGCGGCGCCGCGGCAGCCGGGAAAGAAACAAAUUGACUCUAAACUUACCAUUCAAAGUGGAACUAGUGAGAGCCCUCCGGCUCCGGCUCCCGAAUCUAAAGCAAGCGAUGUUGAGAAGGAUGUUUUGAAGCAUGUUUCCGAGAAGUUCAAAAACCCGGAAGUGCCAAUUACCUUCUCAGAUCUUGUGACCGCAAUAACGAAGGCUGCGUCCGAAAGGAAAAAAGUAGCCGGAUCCUCAAAGAAGGAUAACGAACUGAAAGAAAAGCUCGGUACGAUUUUGCGGCAGAUCAAAAUGGACGACAAAGUUGAAAAAUCACCGCUUGCUUCGGACAAGCCUCUGAGUAAUGAGCAAGGUCUUUCAGAAAUAAAAAACCUUCUCCGUAACAAAGCUGAAUCGACACACAAGAGCCGGGCUGAGUCGCUAGACACUUCACCCACCGGCAUCACAGAAGCUUUGCUAGCAUUCACCAAAAGAGCGGAAAAUCGCUCACCGACGGAUACCAGCAAUUCAGAAAACCUUAAAGAUGAAAUCGGAUCAUGUGCAGUGUGCAGCAAAAAUGCCUCGACAAAAUGCACGGGUUGCCGCAAAGUUUUUUAUUGCAGUCGCGAUUGUCAGCGCAAUAAUUGGAGUGCCCACAAAGACGCUUGUCGUCCCUACAAAGUCGGAAAAAUUGAAGGGUUUGGGCGUGUUUUGGUGGCCACUCGAAGCAUCGAGGCGGAAGAAGAGGUGCUCAGGGAGAGGCCCUUUGUGCUGGGGCCGAGACCCUGCAGCGACAUGCUGUGUCUCGGCUGCUACAGGAGGGUUGACGGCAGUUACAGGUGCGGGAAGUGUGGCUGGGAGAUGUGUGGCCAAGACUGCACCUCAAGCGUCCACCACGCGGCCGAGUGUCAAGUGAGCCGAGCAGCGGGCGUAACAGGGCGACAGGCACUCACCAGCGCUGGCUACGAUGAACACUGCAAGAUAAUCACCGCUCUCAGAAGUGUCGUUGCAGUUGCACGCGAGAAGACGAGAUGGCAGACGCUGAUGGAACGCUACGGUGCACGCCAUACGCUCGUCGCACCAGCCAGCCUCCCGUACCUCGAUCAUCAGCAGAACAUUAUUGAGCCUCUCAGAAAUGUAUUCAGGAUAGACUUGAAUCCCUUCCUGCGAAACAUGAGUGACGCCAACAUCCAUACAAUCCUGAACGUGCUUCAAGUGCACUCAGUACCAAGCAGGUCCAAGUACGGGGAAGUGGAAGGCUUGUACCCCAUGGCUUCCCUCCUGGGACACUCGUGCGUUCCAAACACCAGAGCAAGACUCGAGGGGGAGCAUUUAGUGGUGACGGCAACAGAAGCCAUCAGCGCAGAGGCCCCCAUAACGCUCAUGUUCUCGGACAUUCUGUGGGGGACGAAGGCUCGACGCGACCAUCUCCUGCAGACCAAGUUCUUCUCGUGCGCCUGUCGCCGCUGCUCUGACCCCACGGAACUAGGGUCCUACUUCAGUGCCCUCAUAUGCCCGAAAUGCCCCAAAUCUGAGCCCGUUCUGCCCACUAAGCCCCUCGUGUCGUCAGCUCCGUGGGCAUGUGCAAUAUGUGACUACCAGGUGAGCAGCGAAGAGCUUCUAGAAACAAACCUGCGGCUGGGCUCAGAAGCAACCCAAGAGCUUAUAAAUCCCACGGUCGUGGGCCUAGAAUCCCUUCUAGAUAAAUGGCUGAGCAAAGUUCAUACAAACCAUUAUCAUCUACAUGCCGUAAAACACUCUUUGUUGCAACUCUAUGGCAGAACCCAAGAAAGCGAAGACAGCAAAGACGAUGCUUACUGGAAAGAAAUCGCUAAAAAGGAGAAACUCUGCCAAGAGUUUCUCAAAGUUUGCUCGCUUUUGGACCCUUCAAUGGCGCAUUCGGUGCCGCAAUUCGGCCUGGCAUUUUAUGAGCUCCACAAGACAGUUUUGCAGUACGCCAAGCGCAACUUCGGCUUGGCUAAGCUCGGCACGCAGCAGCUAAAGAAGAAAAUGCAGCUCGCUCGAGCAUUAUUGAGAAGAUCUAUGGACACUUUGAAACAUGAAGCUGAAGAUACUCCUGAAGGCGAACUCUACUGCAGGUGUCAGGAAGAGUUUAUUGCUGUCGGAAAGUGGAUGCUAUCCGUCGGGCUGGCAUAGAAGCCACUCCUGAAGAAAAGAUUUAUGGUUGUGUGUUCCAUGUAAUUGUUCGAGGGCUGUGUUUUGGUGACGUUGUUGAUGCUAAUUAUAUCGUCAUCUAUUCUAAUAUGAUUGCCGUAAUUUAUUAACAUUCAGUUAGAAAUCAUUAUUAGUUUCUGAAUGAGUUUUCCUUAUUUAAAAUCAAUAAGAUGGCUAUAUUUUUUCUUCGCACUCCACUGCCACGUAUGUGGUACGAAACUUGCUUAAGACGCAAUCAUUCAAGAAAGAAAGCUUUUUCGAUGCCAGAUUACACAUAUACAGGAGACAGUAUUGUACAUACAUAACGAUUAUACACGUCUAUCAUUUCAUUUUCAUCAUUCACGAUUAGAACUUUUAACCCGUAUCUUGAAGUGGUGCGAUUAUACGUCAUUUAAAACGCAUAAGUACGUAAAUUCAGGAAGCUGUUGAUGAAGGUCCGAAGUUUCGAUCGUAGUUUGAAUACUAUCAAGUGGUCCAUGCAAAGUUAAUAAGGAACCAUUAACAUAUUGCAAGAUUAUUCAAAAUGCUUUUCGUUAUCAUUAAAAUUCAAAGCGCUCAAUCUUUCACUUUUCCCUUUUCAUUAAAAUAAGACUGUUCCCUAAUCUUCGACUAUUCCCUUUACCGUACAAUAAAAUGCUCCGAUCAUUCACAGUAAAAUACAGCGCAGUAAGUAAUUCACUGUUGCCUUCACCGUAAAAUACAGCGCAGUCAGUCAUUCACUGUUCCCUUCACCGUAAAAUACAGUGCAGUAAGUAAUUCACUGUUUCCUUCACCGUAAAAUACAGCGCAGUCAGUCAUUCACUGUUCCCUUGACCGUAAAAUACAGCACAUCAGUCAUUCGCUGUUCACUUCAUCGUAAAAUACAACGCAAUUCCAAGCAUCCACUGUUCCUUGCGUAUUAAAAUAAAACGCAGCCAAUAAUUCUGUUUUUCACUUUAAACCAACCAAAGCGCAAUGCAUUUAAUUCCGUUAUUUGGACGUUGAAAGUGCAAAUCGACGAAAGCUCAAAACGAAAUAGUGCAAAAAAAAUUCAUUCACUUCUUCAGGUGCACCGUUUCCAACGUAGGAUAUAAAUUCCUCGAAGUCAAUGGCGCAGAAUUCAUCGCUGUUUCUUAAUCGUUGGUCUCAAAUGGGAAUUUUUCGUGCCAUUCCAACAAACAAAUUUU